AUGCCUCCCGCUUCCGCUACCCAGAAGCUCAAGGAUGAGGAGAAGGGCUCCCGAGCUUCAAGCGUUUCCAAGGACCCGGAGAGCCCUAACUCUGACGGUCAAGAGAAUGCCUACUUGAAGGAGCUACAAAAGACACUUCGCAAUGCCAUGAAGAAGUUGAACUCUCUCUCCAAAGUCGACGCCAUCAUCGCCGAAAACCCCGGCAAGUCGCUUGAUGAACUGAUUGAAGAAAAGAAGAUCAACAACGACCAGAAGGCCCAGGUCCUUAAGAAGCCUUCCCUUCAGGCCACCGUUGCCCAGGCUGAGGAGCAGAUUGGCCACUACAAGCAAUUCGCUGCCCAAUACGAGGAUCGUCUGGCUGCUCAGAAGGCUGCGCUUGUCAAGGCGCAUGAAGCGGAGCUCGAAGCUGUCCGUAAUAACGCCAUUGCUGAUGCGACCGAGGCCUCCAAGAAGACACUGCGCCAGCAAUUCUAUACCGUGACUAAGUUCUUGUGCGCCGCGGCCAUCCUUCGACGCGACGGUGACGCCGUUACCACUGAGAGCCGUGCUUUCGAGGGUGUCCUGUUCGAGGUGUACGCUGGCAACCAAUCUGCAGUUAAUUCGCUACUGAAGAUUGCUGAGGGUGCCGAUGAGAAGGUCAAUGCUGUUGAGGGCACCACUCUUGAUUUUACCUAUGGCGACGUGAAGCAAGCAUCUGACAAGUUCGCUCCGCCCAAGGAGACUCCCGAAGUUGCCCUGGAGGCAACCCAGGCCACCGACCCUACGACCGAUCCCACCGUGGCUAACGCCGGUCUGACUGAGCUCCAGGAUACCUCUCUCGGCGCUCAGGCUGAGCCUGCAGCUUCCCAGGCUGAUCAGUUGGCCCCUCCUACACAGACUCUGGUUUCUGAUGGUGGAAACUCUAUUGCGGAACAAACUUGGGCUCCUACUUCCGAUGAGAGCAGUGAAUGGGUCAAGCUUCCUCGUAACCCUGAUGAAACCGACACUGGCCUCCAGGCUACUCCGGCUAGCGCUGAUGCGGGUUUGAACAAUGCUUCCGUUGGCGCUGAUGUUUCGACUCAGGGUGAGAUCGCCGCCAAGUCUGGUGGACGCCGCCGUCACGGACAGCGUGGUGGCCGAGGCCGGAAUGACGCUAAGCGUGCUGGUGAGGGCCGUGGUGGUGAGGGCCGUGGUGGUGAGGGUCGUGGACGUGGUGGACGACGAGGCGGUCGUGGCGGACGUGGUCGAGGCGGUGCAAGCGGCACUGCCUCUGGCUCGGCGGAAGCUCCUGCUUUCAGCGCCUAA